AUGUCGUCCUCCACCGACAUCAAAGUCAAAGUCCUGGUUGUGGGCGAUGUCGAUGGCAAGUACAAGACACUGCACAAGAAGCUGACCAAGAUCAAUGCCAAGUAUGGUCCCUUUGAAGCUGCUCUGGUCUGUGCCCCCUGCCCGGUCCUCGAUGGAUCGAUCAUCUUUCCCAUCCCGGUUUACAUUGUGGCGGCCGACGACUCAGGAGCAGACUACGUGCCGCAGGAGAUGUGGGCGGCAGGCGGCGAGCUCGCGCCGAAUCUGUUCUUUCUGGGCUCGCAUGGCGUCGUUUCGCUCGCCUCGGGUCUUCGCAUCGCUUACCUCUCGGGCCUCCACCGGUCGCCGCAAGCCUUCCACGGGCUCGAUGGCGCUCCGCUCCGCAAGCCCGAUGCCUACCCGAGCUACUAUCAGGUUCCGCAACUCGACGCCCUGCUGAUGACUGCGGCGCGGCUGCAGGCCAGCGGCGGAUUUCCGGGCGUCGACAUGCUGAUUGCGCCCGAGUGGCCUAUCAACUACGCUGUCGACGCGCAGGCCCCACCGCCCGGCCCUGGAUCGGCCACUCGCGUCACGCCGGCGCUCUCGGGCGUCCUCGCUGCACUCCGGCCGCGCUAUGUUGUCUCGGGCGGCGUGCCGGGCGCCUUUUUUGAAGCGCCGCCUGUCGCCAACGUCUACGCCCCGCAUGCGACUCGAUUUGUCGGCGUCGCCGCGCUCGGCAACAAGGGCAAGGCCCAGGCGCUGUACGCGCUCAACGUGACGCCGGUCAAGGCGCUGACGAUGGCCGAGGCUGCUGCCGAAGGCGGCGCGGCGCGGCCGUGGCCACACGCGCGCUACCCACAGCUGGACGCAGUGUUCGGGCCUGGUGCUCGGCCGAUCAAUCUUGCCGCCGUCGCGGCCUCGCAGGAGGCCUCUGCCCCGGCCUCGUUCUUCUUUGGCGGCGGGUCUGAGGGCAAGCGGACCAAGCCGAAUGGCGGUGGCAGUGGCGGGAAUCCGAACGCCAUCCCAACAGCCGUCCCGUCGCUGCGGAUCAUGCACAUUCCGCCGCCGCCGCGGGCGCCAGCGCCUGCUGCACCAGUGCAGAAGCGGCGUGUGCGGUCGCGGGCGCCGCGGGCGCCGUCGCGCCCGUGCUGGUUCUGCCUCUCGUCGCCCCAAGUCGAGCAGCAUCUAGUGGCGUCGGUCGGGACCGAGUGCUACCUCGCGCUGCCUAAAGGCGGCCUCUCGCCGGGCCAUGUCCUCGUCCUGCCCAUCGAGCACUACCCGAGCGGCGCCGGGCUCCCAGCCACCGUCCUCUCCGAGAUGGGCGUGUACAAGAAGGCACUGGCGGCGGCCGCUGCGCCGGAGGAGCUGGUCAUGUGGGAGCGGCAUCUUAUCACCAAGGGCACCUCGCACACCCACACCCAGGUUGUGCCUGUGGCGACUGGAAGCGCCGCAAAGCUUCGUGCAGCGUUUGCCGCCGCCGCUGCCGCUGAGGGCAUCGCCUUUACACCCGUGCCAGACGGGACGGCGCUGCCGGACAUUGACGGCGUCCACGAGUGGCCGUACAUCUUUGUCGAGUACGCUGACGGUGUCCGCGAAAUCUGCGUUCUCCGCGAUGGCGUCCGGGUUGGACUCACCUUUUGCCGCGGCGUCGUCGCCGCUCACCUUGGCAUGCCGGAGCGGACGUCGUGGAAGGAGUGCGUGGUUGGCGAGCAGGACGAGACGCAGCUGGCUGAGCAGUUUAUCGCGCGCUUUGCGCCCCACGAGCCGACGUUUGAAGACGCCGAGUAA